AUGAAUAGAGCAUAUGAACUAUAUUUAGAACAAAUUAAAGUACACAAAACAAGUCACCCUUCAUUGCUUGCUAUAGACAUUUUACAAGCCUAUCAUCCUGAUUUAUCCUGCCCUGAACAAUUAGCUAACACUAGUGCUGGUUCUUCUACUGAUACUUAUAUACUAAUUCCCCAACGACCUGAGUUUCCUUUCUUGCCUAUCUCAGAAAUUCCACAUCAUUAUAUUAGAGACCCUACUCCUCCUCCACAACAAAAUCAUUUUCUUCGCUUAUUACAACAAAUAUUUUCUUCUGCUACCCGCACAACUGCUCCUCCACUUCCUCCUAUAACUGAAUAUUAUUCUACUGUUAAUUUAGAUAUCACUGUUACUCCAUGCCAUACACCUCUAUUACUUAACACACCUCCUCUUAACACUCAAAAUUUAAUUGAUCCUUUUGACCAUUAUAUACAAAACCAAGAUGCUACUAUUGUUAGACCUGACCCUCCUCAAUGA